UAUUGAACAUGGCCGCCAAUUAGAGAUUGUUGCAUUUGUUGCAUAAGAUUGUUGUAUUAUUGGUUCAAAAUCAGUGGUUCAAAAGCAGGGAAUCAUGAUUUUGUGUGACAUAUAGUGUGAUCAUAGUAUUAUAUCGCUAUAUUUUUAAAGAUAUGCAUUCGAGUCUCGCUCCUCAUCUGCAUGAAGAAUGUUUAGAAGUAAUUGAUAUGUUAAAAGCUUGUCAUGAAGAGCAUUCUGUUGGGAAAUUCUUUGGCAUGUGCAAUGAAUUGAAAUUGCAAUUAAGAAAGUGUUUAAUAAAUGAGAGAGAAAAAAAAAGAAGAGCUAAUGCAGAAAAGGCUCUACAGACCAAAGAAUUAUGGGAGAAAAAAUACAAUGAGAACAAUAUCAACGAAGAUGGUCUCUGAAAAGAAAUGGUGUGGAAAACGUUUUGAAAAAAAAGCUUCCAUUUAGAUUUUAUUCCUUAAAAUAUCUUUUGUAGAGUUUAUAUUGAAGAUUUCGUAGUUAAUAUUUGUACCUAUACAACUUUAUCAAUUAUAGCAGUCGUUGUGCACGCAAUGGUGUGUUAAAUGAUACACGAUUUCAUAAAGGUUUACGAAUUAGGUGCUUAGUGCAGACACCUAUUAUUAAUCGAUUCACAAAAACCAGUGAUUGUGUAUAAUUAUAUUAUAUUGUGUAAUUAAGUAUAAAUAAUUCUGUAAUGAAAUCCCAACACGAA